AUUAAUCAUUUACACAACAACAACAAUCAACAACAACUACCUACAUACAAUACAUUACAAUACAAUACAUAUUCAAUUCCGUACAAUACCAACAACCAACCAACCAACCAUCGAACCAGGCUGGACACACGGAAUCCCUUCCCUUUGUAUUGUUGGUCAAAUAUAAUAAUCAACCAGAACCAC